AUGUCCGAGUCCAAAGCGCCUUCUUCUGAUCCGCAAGUGCCUGCCUUCCUCCAGAAUAAGGCUAUAGAUCCUGCUGCAACCCUCUCCUAUAUCCAGGAUCAGAUUUCCAUCAUCUACAGAUCUGCGAGAGCAAACCAGCAAGAUGAGCACCUCCUUCCUCCAGACCACGACACUUACACAAAGAUAUACACCGCUAUCUGGCAGUACACCAUCGCUGGAGGGAACCGAUCAAACGCGGCACACCUAGCGGGAGCAGAGAUAUACCGCGUCUUGGAACGAGAGAUCCGGAGUUAUUGCAUCGAUAUCCGUGAAGUGAUAUUCACUGCAAGCGAUGAUACAGAUGGGAAUACUCCGAGGAAGUUGUUGUCUGGAUAUGUGGCUUCUUACCACAGACUCGCGAACUUGUCCAUCCUCAUGAAAAAUCUCAUGAAAUAUGUGGAGAGACAUUGGAUCAGGAGGGAGAUCGAUGAAAAGAAGAAGAACGUCUAUCUGAUAGAAGACCUACACAAACUCAUCUGGAGAGAAGAAGUCUUGCAGAUCAGUGCGCAUAACACAUUGUCGAAGAAAGGGGUAGAGGAUCUGAGUGAUGCGGUGGCGGCGUUGCAAGAGGCGAACCAAGGGAUAACGGAGCAUGAUAGGAAGCUGAUCACGGAUGUUGUGAAGGCACUAGCAUCCCUCAGUGUUACCUUUGAUAGUUGA